GGAAGUUAUUAGAGUUCUGUGGGAGAUCUAACAAAGCUGGCCUGUUUGUAGUUAUUGCAGUAUACUUUGGAGGUUCUAGGAGAGGCUGUAUCAUGAUACCAACAAGCUCCAAUCGUGUAGGCUGGUCUUUAUUUCAGAGAGAGCUAAAGCAUUUUUUCUCUUGUGCAAAACCAAUUUCUAUGGCUGAAGUAUCCUCCAUAAAAGGUGGUGGAGGAGGUCAGUCUGCUGGUGGUGGCCGGAGUGGGAAACUUUUAUUUGUUUCUGGUAAUCAGCAAAAGUUUAGAAAUUUUGAAAAUUUUGGAACUAUAUCGGGGCAAAACGUGAUGCAUGGAGACUACAGAAAAUGGUUUAGUCAAAAAUGGCAAAGUUUCAGUAAGAAAUGGCAAACCCACGCGGGCUUUCAAUUUUAAGUUGACUCCAGCUAUGUUGGAUUUGAGUGUGCAAGCCUGAGGGUGGGAGACGGUUUGUGACCUGUCUGGUUGCUAAGGAGUUCAGAGGGCCCAAGGCUGUUGGGGGUGGGCUUGAAAUUACAGCUCUUUCUGGUGGGCUUGUUAAAGCCCAACCCGAGGCUACAGCACCCUCACUUAGUGAGGGUACUUUGGUCAAACCCAAGUCUUCUAAAGGAGUCUCUGUGGGUCGUCAGUCUUUGAGGGAUGUUGGUGAGAGCUCGAGAGGACCUUCGAAGGGUGAUGCCGGUUGGCCGGUGACAGAUGUGGUGCCGGUCUCGGAGAUGCCUAAGGCUUCGAUGAGAGUUGAAUCGGCGUUACCUAGCCCCGAUCAAGCUCCGGUGAUGCUCGCAGCUCCGGCGUUACCCAGCUCUAGCGUUACCCAGCCCCUAGCACCCUCUUCGCACCCCGAUAUGGAAGGCGAUUUCGCCGCUUUUGCUCUCCCACUACCUGCUGGGGUCACCGGAGAGACGGAGUCUCCGAUUCUGUUUAAUGGGUCACGUCGGCAUCAGUGGGAGAAUCGAAAUCGUUUUUUCCCUUUGUCUGAGCUGGGAAACGAGAUGGGUUCUGAUCAGAUUAUCAAGUCUAAGGCUUUGGGGGGAUUUGAUUUCGCCAAAAAGUCUUGUAAAGCUCAUGUGUCAAUAGCUAGCAGACCGGUACGGGUAAGUCACUUAAAAUGGACCCAGGCCUAUUUUAAUUUAAAAAUUUUGGUUGAUUGGCUGGGUGAGGGUAAGCGGGCUGUUUAUUGGGGUAAUACACAGCCCAACGUUAGUAGGCAUUCUCAAGCCCAAGCCCACCACACGUCCUCAAGUGAGAAUGGAAAGGGCCAAUACAUGAUUGUUCUUCCAGACAAUAUCACGCGAUCCUUUGGGUGGGAUGCAGGGGAAGGGUCGGGGACUCAUGAGGAAGAGGAAGGAGUGAUCCCAAGCUCCGGUGAGGGAUCGGGCUGCCCUCCUGUCGCUACCAUGAAUCCCAAGGUGGGUUUAGACUUUUCCUUUCAUGUAACUGAGGUGGGUGGUGGCCUGUCUGAGUCUUCAGAUAAGGGUGAGGCAGAUUCUGUAGACAUUACUCCUUUGGCUUUGUGGGACCCAUAUUAUGUUAGUGAUCUCGCCCCUUUGGAAGAUGAUUCUGAUGUGUCUUCUAUGGAGGAGGAAUUGGAGCCUUCAGAAUGGGUAAGAACGAUGAUAAAAGGCUUUGGUACUUUUGUGGGAUUCCCCAUUGCUUGCUGCGAGAGACAGUGUAUUGAUUUCUUCUAGAAACUUGAGAGGGUUUAGCAGCAAGCGACUGUUGCUGCUACUCGCCGGACAAGCAACUCUAUCCAAAAAGGUAUGAGGGAAUUAAGGAAUUUGUUUUCUUCUAUUAACUGCGAUGGGCAUUCUAGUAGAGGUACUAGAGGCAGUUUGACAUCCUCUAGUUUGGGUUCGUUUGUUGGUCAAUGAUUUUGAAACUGCUAUCUUGGAAUGUGAGGGGUCUGAACGAUCCUCAUAAGAGAGUAGUUAUAAGAACCUCUUAAGGGAGUGGAAGUGUGAUAUUGUUUGUCUUCAAGAAUCUAAACUGGACAACACCAGCUCUAUCUUGGUAAAAAACCUUUGGGGUAGCCCUUUUGUAGAUUGGGGGGCCUUAGAUGCCUUGCAUACAGCAGGGGGUAUAAUUUUGAUGUGGGAUAGCAGGGUUUUUGUGAAAAUUGAUCUGGUGGUUGGUAGUUUUUCAGUUUCAGUUUUAUUAAAGGGAGUGUCAAAUGGAUUUGAAUGGAUUUGUUCAGGGGUGUACGGACCGACUAACGAUAGCCUUAGGGAUGCCUUGUGGGCAGAACUGGACAAUGUGAGGUCACGAUGGGAUGGGGCUUGGUGCUUAUUUGGUGAUUUCAAUGUUAUCAGAUACCCAGCUGAGAGACUUGGCUGUAAUUCUUUUAGUUCAGCUAUGUUUAAAUUUUCAGAUUUUAUUGCAAAACAUUUGCUAGUGGAUUUGCCUUUGGUGGGAGGUGAGUAUACUUGGUUUCGAGAUUCAGAUAAUCCGUCAAUGUCCAGAAUUGAUAGAGUUUUGAUGUCAGCUGAUUGGGAGGAGCAUUUCUUGGAUGUGUCCCAAAGGACUCUCCCUAGGGUGGUGUCGGAUCACUAUCCUUUACUAGUGGAGGUGGGUGGAGUUUCAAGGGGGAAAAACCCUUUUAGAUUUGAAAAUAUGUGGCUAAAGGUGGAGGGUUUUGUGGAUAAGGUGCAGCUUUGGUGGAACAGUUAUCACUUUGCGGGGCCGUCUAGUUAUGUUCUAGCUUGUAAGUUGAAAGCUCUGAAAGGGGAUUUGAAGCAUUGGAACAAGCAUGUGUUUGGAGAUGUAGCUUUAAAAAAAAAGAGUCUUCUAACUAAACUCUUAGACGUUGACAAGAGAGAAGAGAUGCAGGUGAUGACUCCAGAGGACAGGGCUAGAAGGUUGGCGGUUAAAUCGGAUAUAGAUUACUUGGCCUCUUCGGAAGAGAUUUCUUGGAGGCAGAAGUCCAAGGCCCUUUUUAUUAAAGAAGGUGAUAACAACACGCGGUUCUUUUAUAGAAUUGCCAAUUCUCAUAGGCGUACCAAUCAAAUCAGGGAAGUGGAGGUGGAUGGCUUUCGAUAUGAGGAUGAAUCAGAGGUUAUGGAUCAGUGAUCUUUCAUACAAUACUUCGCAUGGCAAAGCCCUGAACAACCAGCUUGUCACGAAAACAUGAAUUUAUAGCUUAACUUGUUUCAAGGCUCUUUAAUUGAAGAUUAUGUCAGCAGAAGGCAAGAACCUCAUUGCUCGAAGAAUUUCAACUGUCCGCGAUUUUGGAACUGCUUUCAAAAUGGAUUGGAUGUCUGCGCAUGGCGUCUUUGCUUUAAGCUGUAGGAUGAAAAGAUUUCACAGGAUGCUUGGUGUGGGCAGACGCCUUUUCAUCUCUUGUUUUCUGAUUUAUUUCCAUCAUUUAGAAUAAGUGCAAAAAUGGCAAACUAUAGGGGCCAGAUGGGAUUGAUAUUACAUACAAAACAGAAGUUUUUCUAACUUACUAAAGAUUGGAAUCAGAAUCAGUUGAGGUUUCAGUCCAUAUGCUUCAUGAUGUUCAAGGCUGCAGUUUUGAUUAUGACAGAUGUUAGAAGCUGGGCCAAAAGUCAUCAGAUUGAGUUAAAUCUGGCUGUAAGUUAUUGUUUGUUUUGGGAGUGCAGUUCUUAUUUGUAUUGUUAUGGUGGACAAUUUGUUUAAAAAGAGGCAAUUUAAUAUCAGCUGGUGUCAUUUGUAAGGAGAUUAAGGACAGUAUCAUUUCUUUUGUAUUGUUGUCUGUCCUCCUUUCUCUAUCUGGAUUAAGUGUGUAAUGCCUGCAUUAGUAAUAAAGAUUUUGGCAGCUUGAAGAUGAGAAUUUAGAAGUAGGAGUCAAAUGGCAUGGUUAGUAGUUCAUCUUUGUUUGUUGUGGGGAAUUUGGAAGGAGAGGAACAAUAUGGUAUUCAUGGCAGUGACUCCAAAAGUACAAUCUAUCUUCCUUUCUUGAUUAUGGCGCUUUCCUUGGGUAUAAUUGAAACAUCGAACUAGUGCUUAAUUUUUUCCUUUCACUCUUUGCUUUUCUGGUGUUUCUCUUGUAUACCUUUCGUGCUAUAGGGCUACACCCUUUCUACCUAGCAUUUCUCUUAAUCAGAUUUGUAAUGCCUAAAAAAAUGAAAUUUUAAACUGUACAAUAUGACUAGAAUAGUGUGAUUCAUUUUCUAAAACCUUGUUCUUGGAGAAAGGAGAAAGGAGAGAAUUCCUUGAAAUGAAAAUGAAUCUAUAGUUGUUAUGAUAGCUUGCUUUGAAGUUGUCAUGAAUAGCUAGGAUCACUGUAAAAUAUAGCAGAAGUUUGUAAAGUGUGCCCAUGUGUGUGUGCAUGCGUGUGUGCCCAUGUAUUGAUAUCUCAGUUCUCAUUAUACCGAUGUGAAAUCAAUAUAGCAUCCUGGAAAAAAGAAAAGAAAAGAAGAAGCUGUAUUAAAUGAUGACCUCCGAAUUGUUGCAUUAUAGUUGAUAUGUAAGCUUGCUUUCUCAUAUAUUGUUUUUCUAUAUGUAUCAUGGCAGAUUUGAAUUGUUUGCGUGUUAAUUCUGGUGGAAAGGAAGCAACCGUCAAGGUGAAAAAAAAAAUGAUGUAUAUCUUAAAGGAGAUGGAGAAGUUGAAGGUGGUGCUGCAAAAUACUUUAUUAACAGCAACAUUUAUUGGGGGUUUAGUAGCAUUGGAGACUUCAUGGAUGAUUACAACUACCAAAAUACACGUUACAUUGUACCUCCAUCAUUAUCAAAUAUCUCUGAAUUGUAUACAACAGCACAUAGAUCUAUAUCACUUAUUUCCAUUAUUGCUUAGAAAAUGGGAACUACACUGUAAGUCUCCACUUUGCAGAGAUACAGUUUACAAAUGAGAAGACAUAUAACAGUCUUGGGAAGCGUA